AUGGUGUGCUGGGGACAGGACAGUGUUGAUCAGCCUUCAAGAGAAAAGACUUCUGCUGAGGGAAAUCAAGCGACUUUAUUGUGUAAUUAUACCCUCAUGAGCGCUGCAAAUGCUUAUCUCUUCUGGUACAAACAGCUACCAAACAGCAUUGGACCAAAAGAAGAAGAUAUGAAUAUAACCAGCAGAGAAGGAGAGUCUGUGACACUGAGAUGCUCAUAUGAUACCAGCAGCAAUAAUAUUUAUCUUUACUGGUACAGACAGUAUCCAAACAGAGAACCAGAAUAUUUACUGUGGAAAGGUGCUCGAUCAUAUGGAGGAGAGGAUAAAACAGACCAGCGGUUUCAGCCAACUUCAUCCCAAUCAUCCACUGAACUCACUAUUAACAGUGUGACUCUGUCAGAUUCAGCUCUCUAUUAUUGUGCUCUAAGACACAAUUACAGUAUUAUGAUGACACACUGGAAAAAAUAUUUUGUGUUGUUUAUCUCAUAUUUCUUGGGGUGUAAAUCUGAGGAAGCCGUCCACCAGAAUAUGAGAGUUCAAACUGCUGUUGAAGGUGCAGCUGUAACAAUCAAUUGUACAUUUACAACCACCGAUCCAUCCCAAACUCUCUUCUGGUACCAGCAAAAAGUGAAUGGAUUCCCAAAAUACAUGCUGAACAGAGUCGGUGCAUAUGGAGAUAACGAGGAAGAGUUCAAGAAGAGAUUUAACGCAAGUCUAAACACAUUAACAAGAUCAGUUCCUCUGAUGAUCCAGGAUGUGUGUGUGUCUGACUCUGCUGUGUACUACUGUGCUCUGUGUGAUGACUGCAGACAAGAUUUGGCCAAAUAA